GUAAAAUCCGGAAAACACAGUAUUACCAUUUCCUCACCUCCAGUCUCGCACAGUGCGUGGCGUCGUCUCCAACUUCUCUCCAAUGGCUCUACCCGUCAUAUGCUCCCAUUACACUCCACCGUUGGCUCCUUCAUUCCCUGGUUCUUCUUCAGUUGUUAGAUUCUUGCCCCCCAAUUUCCUCCAAUUCACGCUUCCUACCCUCCGCCCCCUCUGUUGCCGCCCGUUCCACCGGCGGCCUGUCACGGUCUUCACCGCCUCCCUCUCUGCCGUAGAUUCUCCAGCCACUUCCGGUAUCCAAGAGGAGAAGAAGCUCCUGCUCGAAGUCAAAGAACUGACGGCCGUGAUUGCGGAAUCCAAGCAACAAAUUCUCAAGGGCGUUAACCUCUCCAUCUAUGAAGGAGAGGUUCACGCAAUUAUGGGAAAGAAUGGUUCUGGGAAGAGCACACUGGCAAAGGUUCUUGUUGGUCAUCCAGAUUAUGAAGUUACGGGGGGUAGUGCAGUAUUCAAAGGGGAGAACUUGCUUGAUAUGGAACCGGAUGAAAGGUCACUUGCCGGGCUCUUUAUGAGCUUCCAGUCCCCUAUUGCGAUUCCUGGUGUGAACAAUAUUGACUUUCUGAAUAUGGCUUAUAAUGCUCGGAGAAGAAAACUGGGUCAGCCGGAGCUUGGACCGAUUGAGUUCUAUGCUUACAUUUUCCCCAAGCUUGAACUUGUGAAGAUGAAGGCAGACUUUCUUAAUAGAAAUGUUAAUGAAGGAUUCAGUGGUGGUGAAAGGAAGCGCAAUGAAAUUUUACAACUUGCAGUUCUGGGUGCAGAUUUGGCCAUCUUGGAUGAAAUUGAUUCUGGACUGGAUGUUGAUGCACUUCGAGACGUAGCAGAAUCAGUGAAUGGGCUUUUGACUCCAAAAAAUUCUUUAUUGAUGAUUACUCAUUAUGCGCGUCUUUUGAAUUCUGUAAAGCCUACAUGGAUCCACAUCAUGGAGGACGGGAAAAUUGUGAAGACAGGAGAUAUUUCAAUAGCAAAACUUCUGGAGGACGAAGGGUAUCAAGCAAUUUCUGCAGCAUAACUGCAUGGCAAUUGAUGUUGGUAUUGUUAGGGUCUCACAAGGAGAUGGGGCAAAGGGCGGCGAUGGGGGACACAAAGAGAUGCAAGUAUCGAAGGAAGAAGAUGGAAGUAAAAAGUGAAGUGAUGAGUUAGGGAUUUAAGUUGGGAACUCGCAACGCAGCGUUUAAGAAAGGAAGAUGAAGCUCACCGUUUCAUGGGAUGACCAGCACGACGUCGUAUGAAGAUGGGAGACUUAGAGAAGGGCUACCUCGUAGGCUACUUGUCGUUCAAAGUCCAUUGAGUCUUAGUAUUGUCGUUUAGUCUUUUUGCAUUCUGUUUUCAAUUCUGUUUUUACUUUACACGUGUUGCAAUUUCCUUUGUCAUGUUUGUUAUCCCUACAAGGAUAUGUAGUGGAACGAACGUCUGAAGAGGUGUGGAAAACCAUUAUUGAAGAAACAUCUAGAAUUUGGAGGUUAAGGGCCCUCGAAGAACCCUUUGGCAAUCUGAUUCCUCAGUUGCUUUUCA